AUGACUCUGGCGAAUCCGAGCAUCUCUUUAGAGCCCGUCGAGGAGGAAAUUGUGAUUCUCUUGGACUCCUGCUGCGAUUGGAUCAAUGCCGAGCGGCCUCAGCCGAGCGAAGCCGAGGGCGGGUCCCGAGUCGAGUAUACCGGCGAGGUCACUGCACGCAUCGCUGGAGGUUGGGUGAGAGACAAGCUUCUAGGCAUGGACAGUCACGAUCUGGACGUGUCCCUCUCGGUGAUGACCGGGCUCAAUUUUGCCAUACUGUUCAAGGCCUUCCUGCUGAAGCGAGAGAAGGGGGUAGCAUCAGGCGCCUCGUCGUCUACCCGCUCAGCCGCUGCCUCUGCCAUGUCCCGCAUCACCAAGAUCUCUGCCAACCCGGAACAGUCCAAGAGCUUGGAGACUGCCACGGCCAACAUUCUCGGCCUGUCGCUCGACUUUGUCAAUCUGAGAAAGGAGAUCUACGAGGGCAACUCACGGAUACCGAUCAUGUCCUUCGGUACCCCUCUCGAAGAUGCAGAGAGGAGAGACAUCACCAUCAACUCUCUGUUCUACAAUGUCAAGACUAGGCAGGUCGAAGAUUGGACAGACAAAGGUCUCCUCGACAUGCGCGCAGGUCUGAUCAGGACGCCUCUGCCGCCCUUGACGACCUUCCUAGACGACCCGCUCAGAGUGCUGCGCUGCAUCAGAUUUGCCUCCCGCUUCAAUUACAAGCUUGAUGACGAUGUUCGAGCUUGCCUGACUGGGACAGGACAUUCCAUGCAGACCUCUGCAAGUGAUGAUCCUCGACUGCGAGACGUUGAAAUGGCAUCUAUAUCACAUAAAGGUCGAGAGUUAGUGAGAGAUGCUCUGAUGAAGAAGGUAUCGCGAGAGAGGGUCGGCAUAGAGGUAGACAAGAUGCUAUCAGGCCCGAACCCACUUCUCGCCCUACGCUUGCUGAAGGAGCUGGAUCUGUAUUCCCUCGUCUUCCAUAUCGAAUCUCUACAAGCCUCAUGCACACUGCGUUUGGCAAGCACUCAGACGCCAACCUCUACGCCAGAUCCUCAAGCAGCCUCGUCCCUAGCCAUCGCAGCCUCACAAAUCCUAGACGAUCUAUCGCCUCAUCCGACCACUCCAACGGGCAUCUUCGAGCAACUCAACGUCCCACAGGAGAUAACCUCAUCCCUCGUGAAGCCAGAGACACGGCGGAUUCUACACUUCGCAAGUGCUCUUCUGCCUCUUUCCGACGUCGAGAUAGAGGAGAAGAAGGGCAAGUGGAGCUGGAGUGGAGAGAAAAUCCUAAUGGCAGGACUCAAGCUGGGUCGCAACAACACCCUCCUUCCGGUAAUGUCCCUCAUUCGUGGCAUUCCCUUCCUCUCAGGUCCUGCUUCCAUAGACUCCUCGCGAGCUUCACUGCUUCAACACCUGCCCGACGGGAUCGACAUUCCUCGAGAAGCCCUGGUGGCGCUACUGCUCAGGGACAAGAAUCUUCACAAUCCCUCGAUCGGAAUCGAGUGGAAGACGGGACUGACGAUGGCUUUCGUCAAGGACGUACUAGACGUCCAAGGCGACGCGACGAGAAUAGAGAGCAUCGUAGAAGCAUACAGUGGCUUCUGCAAGUACGUGCGGGAUAAGAGGAUCGAAGAGCGCUUAGACGAGAAGCCCUUGAUGGACGGCAAGGAGCUGCUUUCUGUACUCUCCCUCUCCCCCUCACCGCUACUGCCCAAAAUUCAGAACGCCCUGUUGAUCUGGCAGCUAUCGCGUCCACCCCCAUCAGGCGCAGCCGAAGCUGAAGCCGCCGGGGAAGAAGCUCGGCAGUGGCUCAAGGAGCGGUGGGAGGCCGGGGCGAUUGUGGAUGUGGAUAAGCGGGGUGGGCCUGCUGUCAAGAGUGCGGGUAAGAAGAAGGGACAGCAGAACAAGGAGCGGAGUGAAGAGGUGCCGCACCUCGAGAAGCGGAGGAAGAGCGAGGAGUGA